AAUUGAAGAUGGCGGCGGCUGCUUCGAAAACUAGAGUUGUAUUAUUAAGUUGCGGCUCUUUUAAUCCUAUCACUUUCCUACACCUGAGGAUGUUUGAAAUUGCUCGAGAUGCUCUUCACAAAACGGGUAUUUAUACUGUGGUACGAGGAAUAUUUUCUCCGGUGAAUGAUGGAUACAAGAAAAAGGACCUAAGUGAAUCGGAACACAGAAUACAAAUGUGUAAACUUGGAGUUCAAACAUCUGAUUGGAUAAGUGUGGAUGAAUGGGAGAGUAAGCAGGCUGGUUGGACCACAACAGCCAAAGUUUUAAAGCAUUUCACUGAAGAUGUUGUCACUAAAUUUCCAGGGUCCAGUCCCCCCAUAGUGAAGUUACUUUGUGGAGCUGAUCUGUUGGAAUCAUUUGCAGUCCCCAAUCUGUGGGCAGAUGAAGACAUUGAAGAAAUUGUAGGAAAACAUGGCCUUGUUGUCAUAUCACGAGUGGGAUCAAACCCAGAAUCUUUCAUCUAUGAGUCAGAUGUCCUAACAAAGUACAAAAACAAUAUUCACAUUGUCACUGAGUGGAUAUCAAAUGAUGUUAGUGCAACAAAAAUAAGGAGAGCCAUAAGAAGAAGUGAAAGUGUCAAGUAUUUGAUUCCAGACCCUGUUAUCGACUACAUAAAGAAAAACAACCUAUAUGUCCCAACAAAGUAGCAAAGGAGAUUGAAGAUAGGAAUAAGUAGCAUCCGUUCCCGUCUCCAGCAGGGUUGGGGUAGGAGACGUUAAUUUCCCACACACGAGAUUACUGUGUGAUGGAUGUCCUCCCCU